UCACUAACAUGCAGAUCCCGGAUCUAUACAAAGUUAUUCUUUAUAGAUCAGUGAUGCGCAGUUUCGUUAUCUUGGAAACGGUCGAUAGCUUAUAGGCCUAUUUAAAGACUUCUGAUCACUCUACGUCUGAAUACUCUUGGAUGACAUGGGACUGUUGACAGCUUUAGGAUUUGUUGCGGCGGGAGCGGCGGGAGCAGGCGGUGCUGUGGUUGCGGCACCGCUUGUCCUCGCGGGGGUCGGUUUCACAGCCGGUGGAAUAGCAGUGGGGUCCUUGGCAUCAGGUAUGAUGUCAGCUGCAGCAAUGGCUAACGGAGGAGCUGUGGCAUCCGGUACCCUGGUGGCUUUGUUACAGCCUGCAGUUGCUGGCCUUUCUACAGGGGCCGCAGCAGCAGUGGCGAAUACCAGUGGGGCACUGGCCGGCCUCAUUGCGGCCGUUCUGAUUUGAUGGACUAAUCUGCUCUCAAGUCAAUGACCAUCAGGAGUUUCUGUUCUGUUUCUAGCUUAUCUGAAUAUUAAAAUGUGCAACACAUUUUAAUUCCUUACAUUGCUCAAUAAACUUUCUUGCAU